AUGGGUAGAGAUAUCAGAGAAUUUUACAAUUUAAGGAAUAGAUAUUUGGAUAAAAGGAAAGAGACAAAUUUAAAUAUUUUAAAAAGUACUAGAAAUAAAAUAACGUGCAAUAAUGACGUAGCGGUUACAAAUGCACCCGCCCAUUUACGCGAAAAUAAAUAUGAAUGCAACAAUAAUGCAGCAACAAGCGCGAAUAAAGUGAAGGCGCAAAGGAAGACAACUGGGUUGAGGAAGAACCAUGAAUCUGCUGAACACACUGGAAGGCAUAAGGAUAGGACUAAACAGAAAGGUGAAGAGAAAGGCAGCGACAAAAUUGGCAAAAUGAGCAGAGUGAUCAAAAUAGCCAAAAUUGAUAAAGGCGAUAAAAGUGACGUGAAUGACGCGAACGAAGCGAACCAUGCAAACAGGGCGAAGAAUGGACCGGAUCGACCAAUCAACCGAAAAACAUAUCACAAAGGUAAAAAAUGCCAAUUACACAAAUCGAAAGAGUGCAAAGACGACCACGACGUUGACUGCGAUAAUCAACACACAGGCGAAUGUGAAAUCAUCGCAAACACAAAUGAAGCGGACACCUGUUCAGGUUCAGGUGCUUACGUGGCAAAUUCAAAAAACCCAUCAGCGUAUCACCAGAAUGGUAACAAAUUCAGUAGCCACUCAGGCUGUACCUCCAAUAAGGCAAAUGUGCACCUCGUUGGAAAGGAAAAAAAAAACAAUUUAAAAAUCAUCAACGUGAAUAAUUCCGAAAUAAAAAACAUGUACGACGUUUUGGAUACAAAUCGUAGUUCCAUCUCCUGCACUAUUAAUAGUAACGGAGCCAGCACGAGUAACAUAAUUCAAAGUAACUACAGACGUAAGUGUGAACAACAAAAUGACAGUCAUGUUACAUCCAAUAUUUGCGACAGCACGAAUGAUGACGAAGAAGUGACUGACGCAACGAUAAAAUGUGACACAGUAAAUGCAAAAAAUGAUGAUCAUACCAAAGGUAGUAAUUCCUACUAUGGUGAAAAAUGUGAUUAUGAGGUUGUGAAAAAUAUAUGGGAAGACGGCGGGACACAAAAUAGCAAUGAAGUUAGUGUGAACACUUGUGGAAAGAGUUUCACAAAUCAAAGUCACAAUAUUUUAGAGGAUGAACAUAAGUCGAAUGUCACCCUUACAGAACGCCUUUCGAGUAAGAACUCAGAACAAAGAGAAAGAAGAAACGGUACCAGCAACUGUGGCAGUGAGGACCAUAGCACCAAUUAUCGUACGCACAAUAGAAACGACGCCGGAGAUGCCUACAGCAGUAGGCGCAACAAUGGAAAUAAUGACAACCACUACGGUCAUAAUUGCAAUCGUAACAGAAAUGCGAAAAAUGGCAGUGGUGGCCAUGACAGAAAUGGAAACGACGAUAACAAGAAUGACCGUGGCGAUGACAAAAAUGCAAAUGAUGAUGACAGAAAUGCAAGUGAUGAUGACAAAAAGGACAGCGACGAUGAAAAGAACGAAAGCGAAGAUGACAAAAACGAAAGUGACCAUGACCAUAACGAAUUUCAUGCAGAAGGGAGACCCCAUCGGGAUAGCUUCAAAAUUCCCCACAAGGCUGUCUACCCAGAUUACCCCGAAGAACAGAUUCAACAGAGCAAAUUCUAUUCCAAAGAAGCCGAACACGAGGAAGUAAGCAACCUGUACAAAGAAAUGCUGGCCAAACACAUGAACAGUUCUGGCUAUUCACUAAAACAACUACAUGUGCAGAAAAAUGAAAGGGAAAACAACCCAAAUAAUACAUACCUAGUUCAGGACAGCUACGUAAGAAGUGAUGAUAUAACUCUACCCAUUAAUAAUUUCCUCGGAAAAAAAGAAACCUAUAAUUGGAAUAAAGGACACUACGAAUUAUUCAACUCCUUAAAUGAUAUAAUAUGUGAAGUGAAAAAAAAAAGCAACUUGUUUGUAAAUAAUUAUAAGAAUAAGGAGAUGGUUAUACAGAAUAAUAACAACGCAGUAAGGAGCAAAAUCGAUAGCACCUUCCUCAAUAGCAUAAACAGAAAUGGUAAUUUCACCAACGCUAUGCACCUUCCAACCUAUGUAGAUAGCAAUAUGAGAAAAAAACCUAGUGAGGAAUAUGUGAAUAAUAAUCUGUACAAGCACCAACUGGACAGGAACAGUGCAUUAAAUAUAAAACAUACUUCCCAUUUAGGGCCUAGAAGCAGCAACGCUUAUCACCCCGAGAUGGGGGACUCCUCUGGUUAUGGCUGCAACAGUUUCAGAAGUAACCACACGGAUCACAUCACCGCUAACAACACCACCUGCAGCGAAUACGAUUGUGAUAAACAGCCCUUUAGGAAUAAUAGAAACCCCAUAGAAUGCAGCAAAAUAAGCAACAUCAAAAUGUACCCCAUGGGGACCGAGAAUAUACACGUAGGAAAUUCCACGAAUAAGCCAACCCUCCAAUGCGACGAGAACUUCAAAACCACUCGAACCGAUCCGCUCGAAUACAACAGUCACUUCCUCCAUAAGAAUAAAAUAAAUGAAACCUGUUAUUCCAAACAGGUACUACUAAAAAACGUGGGAAACAAUGUAGACAGCAAAAUCGUGCAAAUGAAGAAAAAUGAAAAUAUAAAAUCACACACAGAGCCCGUUAACGAGCACGCCAAAACGAAAGACAUAUAUGUGCAGGAAAACCCCAAUAGUAAAAAUAGCUUAAUAAAUAAAGAUAUGUACAAUAAUUUUAAAGGAACAGAAAAGUCGAAUGUACCUACAUAUGCACAACACAACAAAGGAAGCAGUACCCCCUUCGAUAGUUCACUUAUGAAUUCCUAUUUUUAUUUAAAAAAGGAGUUAAAAGAAGUAGACGACAUGAGCACAUCCAUAUCGAACGGAAUAAAAGCUAACGGACAGUGGGCCCAGAAGAGGAAUCUUCCAACGAGUUCACCAACGGGUCUACCAACGAGCCUACCGACCGAGGAUGUGGAGAGCCGACAAACGGACACUCGAUACAGCAACACCCGUAGUAGCUCGCUUCAACCCAUGAGUCACCAUCACGAAGUCAACAAAGCGAGUAGAAAUAACACAGAAAAGGAGGUGGACAGAAAAAUGGUAACGAAAGGAUAUCUAAAUAGAAACCAUAAUUCCCUUCAGUACAACAAAAUAGCAGAUAAUCACAUAGUCCUAGAGGACAGCAUGGAAGAUAUAACUUGCGAAAUUGAACAUGCAAAUGAAGAAAUGACUCACAACAAAAGUAGCGACAAGAACAGCAUGAUAAAUGCAAAUCCCCUUUUUACAAAAUGUUAUACCGAAAAGAAUAAUUAUGAAUACAUCGAAGACGACAACUCCGUGUAUAGCGUAAAUAACGACCAGGUUGAUCAGAAAGUCCCUCACCUAAUAAUAAACCCUGAUCACGGGAUGAGUGAUAAAAUGGACGGCGUGAACUAUACCCCCGCAUGCACACUAAGCGGAGGCGACCCCUUAAACAAAAAUGACGCACAUGGAUUUUUACACAACGGGGAAAACGAGAACGAAGUUUGUACAGUGGAGGAUGAUGAUGUGGUCGAAGUAAUUCCUAGCGAAGUGGAAAUCACCAGAGCUACUCUCCCUGCAGAUAAUUAUAGCCAACAAAGUGGCGAUCACAUUUAUAACCGAGGCAACAAGGAAGGCAACUCAGAAAGAGGCAACUGCGAAAGAUGUAACUGCGAAAGAGGUAACUGCGAAAGAGGUAACUGCGAAAUAGGCAACUGCAGUGAUAAGGAGAAUCAUACCAGCUGUAUAGAACUCCCCAGUAGUAACAAAACUCUUGGGAGCAACUACCUCACGAGAAGCAAAUCCAUUCAAGAUGUCCAGUACAACCAUUCAGAUCAAAGCGUUGAUUCUAUUUAUGAUCGAAGGAGGAGCAGACUAUAUGAAUACGACUCAGUAAUAGGUAGGAACAAAUUGAGAAAAGAGGGGAGACCAAAACUAAUACAAAAGGAGACAAAGAAAAAGCGAGAAAUGAGAUCGUUAAAUGGUGUAGAUGUGAAUUAUUCCGUUGAAGGCACAAAGUUAGGAAGUGGGGAAUGGAGAAAUAAAGAUUUCAAACUUAGGAACAAGAACAUUACCCCGAUCAGUAAUGCAAAUGGUAAAAGAAAUGAAAGUAUAAAAAUUAACUGCGGUGACCACGACCUAUGUAACCAGAAUAGAGAUCCAUUUAUCUACGAAAAGAUGGAAGAUGACCCCAUCGACAUAACGAACGAAGAAUUUCGUCAUAGUAAAAUUUCCAGCGGUAAAAUAACCUAUGAAAAAGGCAACAUAAAUACAUAUAGACAAAGAAUGGCAGCAGCAGAUAAGGAAGGCAAUAAUUUAUGCUCCAUUGACUAUUACAGAAAUUAUAACUCCGUCCAAUGUGUGAAAGAGGAUUUACUGAAGAAGGAAAAGUUUCCAUUCAUCUUUUACGAUUCGCAUAUACGCAAUUUGGUAAUAUACUACAAGGAUAAUUGCAGUGACGAAAUUAAAUGCAAAUAUUUUUCCGCCCAACGAUUUGGACACGCAACAGCUAAGAAAAUUGCCCUGAACUUUCUAAGGUCUUUAGGAAUCAAUCCAGAUCACCUAGAAAAUAAUAAUGUAUUCUCCUAUGAAAAGGACUCCAAAAGUAAGCUAUUCAACGUGGAAAGGGGAAAGACAUAUAUAGACAAAGAAGAAAACUCAAAUAUUAAUCUUAUAUAUGAUUCGAAAAAGAGAAAUGUAAUCGUCUCAUGGAUUAACAAAGUGAAAGGAUAUAACUUCAGAAAAUUCUCAACACAGAGAUUCGGUUUCGAUGUUGCCCUUAGCCUGUCCAUUGAUUUCUAUAAAAAUUUAGGAGGACAAAAAGAAGAAGAGGAAAUACGAAAUUAUAUUAAUAAAGUCAAUUCAAAUUUUAAGAGCAUUAGAAUUUUAACAAAUAAAAAAAAAAAAAGAAAUUUAAAAGGAAAAAUCAUAGAUAUUACAAACGAAUUUAUGGACCCAUAUUCCAAUAACUACGAAAAUGUGUAUGAUAAUACUUCCCUGUCCUACUUCUAUUUUAGUAACAUGAAAUACAAUAUAGAGAAUCUAAAAAAUAACUCCAUGCAAAAAGGAACCAGUGCCAACACACAAAUGAACAAGUACACCAAUUUGUUUUACAUAACAGAUCAGUUUUAUCAAAUAUUCGAAUGUAAGUUAAAAAACUUACAUAUGGAACAAGUAAAAAUGACGAAAGUUUAUAAGUAUGAUUUCUUCUUAAAUAAAACCUUCUACUUUUUAUAUUUGAAAUAUUUAGAAAAUGUCAAAUCAGCCCUGUACGAUGAAAAUGGCCACAACCUCGCAACAAUGUGUGAGCAAAUUAAAUCGUGCAAGACGCACACACCAUGCAAACCGUCCAAACAGUGCACUGUGCAGUCACACCAUAAGGUGCAACGCGCAACCGAUGAGCAGCAACCUAGUGACCCUCCCACCAACUACUUCCAAUUGGUGGACCUCUACUGCGAUAGCGAUAUUCAUAGGAACUGCACAAAUGGGAAUAUUAACUAUUUCAUCAGUAAGAUGGACUACUACAGGGGCGAAGACAUCCUCAUGAAAGGCUACUACAGCGCAGAUGACACCAAACUGUAUGACAUAUUUUUCCUUUCCAGUGGACGUAAAGGGGGACUGGAGGAAGAAACCCUUCUGGCAGACCUAAACAGCAACACAUACAACGACAAGAUGUACCACCAAAGCAUCUAUCAUAAGAAGCUCUACAAGAACCAAGACCACCACAGUCAACUCUACCCAGGGGGACUAUGCACAGCGCAAAAGACCAGCAGAAGAACAACAAGAAAUAAAAACGCCGAAAGAGGAAAUCCCUUCCAGGACUACCACAUUCAUUACAGUACUGGAAAUGAGCAUGGGAUCGGUCAUGGCAGCAACUGCAAUUGCGAUAGUAAUAACUGCGGCGACGUGAACAGCAGCAGCAGCGGUAACGAACGCAAAAACUCCUACAGCGAUUUUGACAACACUGACGAUGAAGACGUGUGCGUUUGCAAUGAGAAGAGAAAAGGCACCAGAAGGAGAAUAUCUAAACAUAGAAAGUGGAGCAGAACUAAGGGAAAACCGAAGCAUAAUACUAUGUCAGAAGGGAACUCCAUUAUGAGUACCAAAAAAAGUGAGAGCUUCUAUGAAGACCAGGAAGAAGACGAUGACCAUGACGAUGACGAAGGGGAAAUGCUACUGGACCAAGUGAGUAGCUACAGAAAGAGUGGUAAAAAGGCGAAUAAAAUGAGAAAUAUUUCCACCGGAAGAGGAAAAAGUAAGGGCGUUCACAAAGGUGCCAGCAAGAAAACCGGCAAAGGAAGCAACAAACAGAUGCAUAAGAGGACUCUCAAAAAAGCGAGCAAGGGUGUUACCAAAGGAGGCACCAGAGGAAUCAACAGAGGCAACCACAAAAAGCAACAUAACAUGAAUUUUUUAAAAAAUAAAAAAUUUUUAUCAACGAAUAAAAAUAUAAGCAACUUACUCACGAAAGGGAGAAAAUAUAUUAUCUGCUACAACUAUAUGGGGAAGAUCCAGGUGAAGGUGUUCAGUGCUGAUAUAUAUGGCUCCAUGACGGCUCAGAGAAAAGCAGUUGCAUUUUUACAGCAAAUUAGGAGAGAAAUAAAAAGUGAGGGUAAAAUUCUAUACAGUGAGAGUGACAGCAAAACUGCACAUGACGUAACAUCUUCGCUAAUGGAGUCGGCGCUGUUAAAUCCGUGUCAUCAGGACAAUUCUGCGCUGAAGAAUAAUAUACAGUGCGAAGAUCAUCCUCAUUUAGUGAACAACACGGUUGUCAAAAAUAGGAGGGGGAGGAAACGCAAAAAAAGAGAAGACGCAGUGGAGGAACUGCUUGAAAUGGCCGCAGCGCUGCAGGCACAGCAACAGCAGAUGUACCAGCGGAGCGACCUCGGGGCGUGGGAAUGUGCCCGGGGGAAGACAACCUUUGGAAAAGGCAGUGAAAACAAGCUAAACUCACAAUUGAACGCACAAUUAAUAUCCCAAAUUAGCGCCCAAGUUAGUGACGAAAAGGCACCUGCGAAGAAGUACCAAAACAGGAAACUAAGCGACUCUGCGGAUUACCAAAAGGUGCACAACUUUUACGAAAAUGAAGACAAUAAUGAAAACGUAUCGAUGUUCCGAAUGGAAGAUUGUGAAGAUAAAAUUGUUAACCCUAAUGAUCUGAUUAGUAUUUCCGAAAGUUUGAUGAAGACAUAUUCACUGGAUGAGAAACUUCAUAGGGCACUAGACACGCAGGAUGAGGAAUAUAAAAAAGGCAAUUUUGGAGAACCCAUUAAAAGGAACUCAAAAAGAAGUGACCUCCCACUAAAUGAAUACAUAAACAACACAACAGGUGAAGAAGGAAAAUAUUUUGAUCAUAACAACAGGGCACCUUCGCUAAGUUUCACAAAGAGGUAUAGUGAUGCAACGCAAUAUGAAAUAGGCAUCCCGUUAAGUAACAAAAGGGAUCAUCUGAACAGCACCAUAAGGAGCGAAAGCGAAAAUGAAGACGGUAAAGAUCUUUCUCUGAUAAAUAAAAACGAACAGUUUACUCUACACUUGGGGAAAGACGAAACGCAAAAUAGCAGUAACGUGGGGAUUACGAAACAUAUCAACUUACGUAGCGAUAAAAAGAUUUCCAUAGAAGAUCCCCAAAAGGGAAAAAUAAACGAAUUAAAUUGUGUAAACAAAUUAACCUCCGAACAGAAAGUAGUCAAGGGAUAUUUAACUCUAAGAAAAGAAAAAACCAUUACACCAAAUGUAAAAAGGGUGUACUCCUUAUACGAUUUGUACAAUAAAAUUAUAAAUGAAUGUGAUUACGCAGAUUUCUUAUCACAAAAUAGUGCACGGAAAAUACUCAAAAAUGGGAAGGGUAAUCUAAAUGAUAGUCCAAGUGAUGAUCCGAAUGAUGAUCCGAAUGACGACCCAAGUGACGAUCCAAAUGAUGACCCAUUGGAAGACUUUUCCCCCUACAAAAAACGAAUAAUAAUGAGAAGUGGCAAAACAGAACGGAUGAACAGGAACCACAUGCCAAGAACAAGGCGUACUUCAGACAGACUAGCGAAUAACCAAGUGGCCAAUAAAAGCGAAUGUCGUGAUGACGUCAGUUCCCCAAUGGGAAAGGAGGCAAAAAAGGAAAGGGGAACCGCAACUAGAAGCGACCCACGCAAAGACGCCGAAAUGGAAAAUAUUUUAAAAAGUGCAGAAACGCUUAGCACCCGUAACCCUGCGUGCUCCCCGCGAAAUUUCAAAAAUGACUGGAGCGGACUGGUCAAGUAUAAUACUGCAAAAGGCGUAAUCAAAAUACCUAAAAUAUGCGUCCACAAAUUGGCCAGGAAAAAAGGGUUCGCCAAACUGACGUGCAUUAUUUACAGAGGAAAAGGAGAAUUCGUUUCUUAUUUCCUUGAACGGAGCAACAAGAAAAUUAAUGACAGCAACGCGGUGCAAAACGAAAAUAAGGAGGACAAGAGUACAGAAUCGAAGAUGCCCUUUAAGAUUAACAAAAAAAAUGGCUGUGCUAAGUUAAAUACCUACCAAUGUAGCACUCGUAAGAAUGCAGCUAAAAAACAAACUACACAAUCGAACAGGAAAUAUAAUUUAAGAGAAAAACAAAGCAACCCCUUAUAA